AUGAUAACCGAUGGUUUUGAACCAGCAAUGAAAAUACAAUAUUUUGAACUAAUUGUUGGAUUUCGUUUAUCAAAUGGAAAUUUACCAUUAAAAAUAACAAGGGCAGGUGUAAGCCAUUAUGAAGUUCCAUGUAUUGAUGAUCAUGAAUUACAGCUUGAUCAAGUUACUACUGCACCAAUGUCAAAAAUACCUUUAGAUAAAUUUGAACGACUUCAUAAAAAUACCGCAGCUAUUCCUUCAACUCUUCUAACUUAUUCUAUGACUGAUUUUCUUGUUGAUUUAUGGUUACAUGAAACACCUCGUAUUCAUGCAUUUAUUCGUUUAUAUUUAUAUUCAUCAAUUCCAUCUAUUCAUCUAUGGUUAAUACAAAUUCAUAAACGUGCACUUGAAAUUUGUUUACAACAACUAAAAACUUUGAAUAAUAAACAAAAUAAAAUAAAUCUUAUUGAUUUUACUUCUUGCAUUACAUUUUUAUUCAUGUGA